UAUCACCAGCGAAGAAUACUACCUCGACAUCUCCGAAGACAUAUAUAAUAGAUGGAUCAUGGCUUGAUCACCUGAAAAUAUACAGCAAAUUCCAUCUUCGGAUUUUUAAUUUAAAGAUCAUAUAUCAAAAUCAAUAUUAUUGUAACGCAUUCUCCUUUUAACCAUGACAGACAAAACAACCUCUAUGGCCGACCACCUGGGCGCUAAGAAGUCCACCAACGCCACCCCGCAACAGAACCCCUCGAUCAUAUCUUCCGAGGGUGCUAUUGGCAAGCCGUUCAAUCCAGAAGGUGCUAUUGGCAAGAUAGGGGAGAAGAUCGGAGGUCCGCUGAGUAAAGAUGGUAUGGUUGGUUCACAGUUUGAUGCAAGUAAGGAUGGAAUUGCAGGACAUGUGGAAAGAGCCGUCGAUGGGCCACGCAACCCUAGCGGUAGUGCUGGAAAGCAAUGAGUGAACUCGGGUUCGGUAAUUAAAGGUCUACUCAAUAAGAAGCUAGUGACAGCCUGAAAUGACACUGUACCAGUUCUUUAAGCAGGCCAUAUUUACCAUGGCGAUAAAGUGUUGUCUCGUGACAAUAUGUUUUCGAUAUAGUAGUAUAUGUGUAUAUAUGGUUCGUGUUU